AAUAUAUAGAGAGAGAGAGAGAAAGAGAGAGAAAAGAGUGGUCGCACCGACCGGAGUAAAUAUAACGCCAAAUAGGAGUGCUUUGGUUUCCCAAACCAGCAGUCGCCGUUUGAUUUCAAUCUCUUUCUAGGUCUAGUCUGAGACGGCGGCCGCCGCGGCGAUGGAGAUCAAACUGUCCUUUCCGGCCGAUAGCCCGCCUCUUGCGGUGAUCGCCGCCGCUAAACUCGCCGGGGUUCCUCUUUCUGCCGAUUCAACGUCCCACCCUCCCGCCUCUCCCCCCACUUUCCAUUUCUCCACCGGAUCAAAAUUGCAUGGAACAAAUGUGCUUCUUCGUUAUCUUGGUCGGGCUGGAAGCAUUUCUAGUUUUUAUGAGCGAGAUGCCUUUGAAUCUUGCCAGAUUGACGAAUGGCUAGAGUAUGCCCCUGUUCUGGGAUCAGGUUCUGAGUUUGAGGGAGCAUGUAAUUAUAUUGAUGGAUAUUUGUUGAAGCGCACCUUUCUAGUUGGUCAUAGUUUCUCUAUUGCAGACGUAGCCGUCUGGUCAGGUCUUGCAGGAACUGGGCAGAGAUGGGAAAGUUUGAGGAAGUCAAAGAAAUUCCCAAAUCUAGUACGGUGGUUCAACUCAAUAUCACAGGAAUAUGAUGCUGUCCUGCACGAAGUCACUUCAACUUAUGUUGGGAAACGAGGUUUGGGUAAGCCUGCAGCAGCAAAGGUAAGAGCAAAAGAGCAACAGGCUGUUGAUCAUCACUCCAAGAAUGUCAAUGGUGAUGUUACUGAAAAAGGAAAAGUAGGAAGCCGACCAACUUUUGAUGUAGAUCUUCCAGGUGCGGAAAUUGGAAAUGUGCGCUUGCGAUUUGCACCAGAACCUAGUGGUUACCUCCACAUUGGACAUUCAAAAGCAGCAUUGUUGAAUCAGUAUUUUGCCCAAAGGUACCAAGGUCAGGUCAUAGUGCGCUUUGAUGAUACAAAUCCUGCUAAAGAGAGCAAUGAGUUUGUGGAAAAUUUACUCAUUGACAUAGAAACUUUGGGCAUUAAGUAUGAAACUGUUACAUAUACUUCUGAUUACUUCCCACAACUAAUGGAAAUGGCUGAAAAGUUGAUUCUUCAGGGCAAGGCUUACGUUGAUGAUACACCACGGGAGGAAAUGCAAAAAGAAAGAAUGGAUGGUAUAGAAUCAAAAUGUAGGAACAACGGCCCUGAGGAAAACAUGAAAUUGUGGAAAGAGAUGAUUGCUGGAACCGAAAGGGGGUUGCAGUGCUGUGUUCGUGGAAAGUUGGAUAUGCAGGAUCCAAACAAAUCACUUAGGGAUCCAGUAUAUUACCGUUGCAAUCCCAUUCCUCACCAUCGUAUUGGAUCAAAGUAUAAAGUAUAUCCAACUUAUGAUUUUGCAUGUCCCUUUGUUGAUGCUAUAGAAGGUAUAACACAUGCACUGCGAUCUAGUGAGUACCAUGAUCGCAAUGCUCAGUAUUACCGGAUUCAAGAGGAUAUGGGAGUUCGAAAGGUUCAAAUAUAUGAAUUCAGUCGGUUAAAUAUGGUGUAUACACUUCUCAGCAAACGCAAGCUCUUGUGGUUUGUUCUAAAUGGAAAAGUUGAAGGGUGGGAUGAUCCUCGUUUCCCAACUGUCCAAGGAAUUGUCCGCAGAGGUCUGAAAAUUGAGGCAUUGAUACAAUUCAUUCUUGAACAGGGAGCCUCAAAGAAUCUGAAUCUUAUGGAGUGGGAUAAACUCUGGACCAUUAAUAAGAAGAUUAUUGAUCCUGUAUGUCCCAGACAUACUGCUGUUAUUGACGAAGGACGUGUCCUGUUAACCUUAGUUGAUGGGCCUGAGAAACCAUUUGUCCGCAUCAUACCAAGGCAUAAGAAAUAUGGAGGUGCUGGAGAGAAGGCUACUACUUACAUGAGGCGCAUAUGGAUUGACCGGGCUGAUGCUGAAUUCAUCUCAUUCGAUGAGGAAAUAACCUUGAUGGAUUGGGGCAAUGCAAUUGUAAAAGGAAUUAAGAAGGACGCGCAUGGAAAUGUCACGGAGUUAACCGGUGUUUUGCAUUUGGAAGGAUCUGUCAAGACGACAAAGUUAAAGCUUACCUGGCUAGCUGAAACAAAUGAACUCGUGAAUCUCUCUCUGGUGGAGUUUGACUAUCUAAUUACAAAAAAGAAGCUGGAAGAAGGAGAGGAUUUCCUUGAUGUCCUUAACCCUUGUACGAAAAAGGAGACUGCAGCUCUAGGGGAUUCAAAUAUGCGAAACUUGCAUCAGGGUGAGAUAUUGCAGCUGGAGAGGAAAGGCUACUUCAGGUGUGAUGUUCCUUUCGUUAGACCUUCUAAGCCCAUAGUUCUCUUUGCCAUUCCAGAUGGCAGGCAGCAAACCGUAUUGAAGUCUUAAGAGUUGAGAAUGUUGAAGUUUUGUGAACUUGCUUUCAUUUGACGUGUGUACAAGAAGUCCUGUUUACCACUAAUUAAUCUAUCUGUACUUCACAGGCUUUCAGAUCACUUCUGUUAUUUCUGUUUUCCAUCG